CGCACUUUCCCAAGCCCGCAGGCGCCCCCCACACCUACACCAGCGCUGCACCUCAGACCCAUUCCCCGCGGCCCCCUCCAGGGGAAAAAAUGAAACCAGACUGGCCGAGGAGGGGGGCGGCAGGGGCCGGGGUGCGGAGCAGAGGUGAGGGAGACGGGACUUACUUUGCGAGGCGCAGUGCGGGGCGCCGCCGACGAGAAAUAAAGGCCCCGAUCCGGGCUGCCUGGAGCCCCCCGAGCGCAGCAAUGUCAGGGCUCCAGUCCGGACGGCGUUGGCGGCGGCGGCGGCCGCAGGAGACUGGGACGGGCGCGCGUGCGGCGGGCGCUCUCGCUGCGCUCCGGCUCGGGCCCUGGCUCCGCGCGGCUCCGCUCCUGGCUCCCCUCUGGCUCCUGGCACCAACUCCGGGCAGUCACAUGACGCCGGCGCCGCUCGCUCUGCGAGCCUCCCGGGGCUGGCGGGGUAAGUAGAGGCUGGGACCCGGGGUGGGAGGGUCAGGGAGGGGAGAGGGAGCCGCCGCGGCCGCCCGGGCUGGGCGGGUCCCCACCCACUUGGGUGGAGGCAGCCGCCGGAGGGGUCGGCCGAGUCACUCGCGCAAACACGCACCCCGCCCUGCGCCCUUCCCCCGCCACCCCCGCCUCCCGCGCCGCCUCCGCCCCGCCCCGCCCAGUCACCCGGGGACGGCCUGACAGACACUCAUUAUUCCCCAGAGCCGGGCGCCGCCCCGCCGGCCCAACCUGUCCCGCGAGGCGCGGCGCGGCCGUGGGGCUGGGCGUGCGCGGCGCGGCCUCCGCCCCCCGCCCGGCCC